AUGAUUGAUAACAAGAAUGCUCUAAUGAGUUGUAGUGCAUUUAAAGAGAGUGGUGUUUUAAAAGGAUGGAGUGAAAGAUUACUGAUUUAUGAUUUAUUGAAAUAAGUAAAUUGUAUAAUAAAUAGAGAGAUAUUGAGAUAUAUAGAUGUAAAAGGGUAAACACAAAAGUAAUUGUUAAUUGAAAAUUAUAUUAUUCAUCCUGUUGUUUUUCAUUAAGGAAAGUGGUCAAUUAAAUUUAAGACUCAAUAAGAAAUUGAACCUAGAGUGGUAAGGUUUGGUUGGAUGAAUUAAUCAGAAGCACUUUAAUGGUAUGAUUAUUUCAAUGGAAAAUAUUUGACAUAGAAAAUAAAAAAAGAGAAUUAGGAAAGAAAUCUUUAAGAAUGGGAUAAAUUUAUGCCUGAAUCUGAACGAGUGGUCAAUCAAAUAGUACCUACAAUGGAUAUUAAACCAAGUUAAAUAUCAAGAAUGAGACAAAUCAUACCUUUAUUACCACAAUUUUUAUAAGUAUAAUAAUAUUAUUAAAAUUAGAAUGAUAUUGAAAUUAUAUUAGAAAAUACAUUUGAAAAUUUAUAAGGUUUUUCAGACAUACAUUCUUUUAUAGUAUUGCAUCAAUCUUAAAACAAAAUACUCUAUUAAGAUCCUAAAGAUCCUUUGCAUAUGAGAUUCUUUCUGAAAUCUGAAAUGUCUCCUAAUAAAAUAUUUGAUGUACUUAAAUUAUUUUAUUUAUUAGGAAUUAUCUACACAUAAUUUUAUAGAUAAUUGGAGUCCUCAAGUAUCUAUUUACUAAGUUUAUCCAACUAAAAAAGAUUGUGCUAUAAUAUAUACAGAAUUUGAUUUAAGUAGAAAUACAAUAGAUAUAAAUAAAAAUAAUGAAAUAGAAUUAGGAGACAAUUAGAAUUCAUAAUAAAAAUUAAAUUAAAACAUACAAAAUGAUAAAAUUAGAUUAAUUUAUACAUAGAAACACUUUCAAAUUGAUGAACAUGCUUAUUGUAUUAUGAAAAAAUAUAUUGGAAAUGAAAUACAUCAUAAUCAAUUUGAUAAAGAUAGAAUAGAUGGAACUGAAGAAUAUUAAAUUACUAGAUCUUGUGUUUUAAUUUAAUCAUAAUAAGAUGGAAAUUACAAGACAUAAAUUAUUGAAGACAUGUAUUUAUCAUGUUAAAAUGAAGAAAAAGGUGAGGAAGUUAUGAAAAGAUUCUUAUUAUCAUUUGCAAAUAUUGAUGAUCAAAUUUUAGAAGCUGAUCAUUAUAUUAAAUAGAAAACAGAACAUGUGCUUAUCAAAAAUGAAAAUGAUAUUGAGAAUCUUCAAAUUUCAUUUAUUCAAAUGGAUUAAGAAAUACAUAGAAUUACCUCAGAAUAACAUCAAUAAUAAUCAAUCUAAGAAUAUUAAGAGAUAUUAAAUUUAAUCUAAAGUGGAUAUUAUAUCUAAUAAUCUAUUAAUAGAUAAUUUAAUCAAAAUAUUUUACCAGGAUUAGAUAAAUAAUUAGAAACAUCCAAAGAAGAUGGACAUUUUUUAUUAACUAAAUAUUAUGAAGUUGAUCCUAAAAAAGGUGGAUUAGUUUAUACUAAUAAAAAAUUAGUUAGUGAUUAAAGAAGUGUCUUAUUAGAUAUUAUUAAGAGAAUGGGUUCCAAUUUAUUGAGUGGUAAAUCUUUGAUGUCUGUUUCAUUGCCUAUUCAAGUAUUUGAAGCUAGAUCAUUUUUAGAAAGAAUGGCUAGAGCAUAAGGUCAUGCUCCCAUCUUUCUUGAAAAAGCAGCUUAAAUUAUGGAUGUUAUGGAAUAAAUGAAAUUAACUAUAUCAUUUCAUAUGGCUAGUUUUAUGAUGGGAAUUUAGUAAGAAAAACCAUUUAAUCCAAUUAUAGGAGAAACCUUUGAAGGUAGAAUUAAGGGAUGUCCUAUAUAUUUGGAACAGACAUCACAUCAUCCACCUAUAUCAAAUUAUAUCAUGUAUGGAAGAGGUUAUAAAUUAUUUGGAGCAUUCUGUCCUGUUGUUAAUAUGGGUACGAAUAGUUUGGCAGGUGAGUAAUAAGGACAUUCACAAAUUCUUUAUCAAAAUACUAAUCUCAAAUUUUAUUAUAUGGGUUAACCAUUUAUGUUAUAUGGGGUUUUGCUUGGUCAAAGAAGUGUCAAUUGUCAUAAAAGAAGUUUUUGUUUUUAACCUGAACAUUAAUUAUUAGUUGAAAUCACAUUCAAUCCCAAAAAUAAAUCUACAAGCUUUUUUAGUUCUUCAUAAUAAAAGAUAGAUGCUUUUGUAGGCAAAAUCUGUAAAGUAACUCCAGAAUGCAUUUAAAAAUGUUUAAAAGCACAUAAAACAAAUUCAGGAAUUAAAUUGAAAAUUUUACCUUAAGAGAUUCUAGACACUUACAACACCAGUAUCAAAGGUAGAUGGACAUCUUAUAUAUAAUUUGAUAAUAUUAAAUAUUGGGAUAUUGAUCUACAUAGGUAUAAAAAUAUAUAUAUAUAAUAACUAGACCUUAUGUUCUCGAGUUAGAGUCAUCUCCAUUACCAUCCGAUUGUCUUUAUAGAUUGGAUUUGUUAUUUAUGAAAAUGAAGGAUUAUACUAGAGGAUAAGAUGUAAAAGAGUAAAUGGAGGUUGAUCAAAGAAAAGAUAAAUCUAUAAGAGAUAAAUAUAAAAAAAAGAAAAAAUAAAGUUGAAUAUGAAAUCAAUAU